AUGCCGAGUGGCGCCUGAGCCCCGGGGAAGCAGGCUAGGGUGUGAGAGACAGAGUCACCUGCAGCCUAAUUACUCAAAAGCUGUCCCCAGGCCACAGGAGGGAGAGGACAUUUCCUACUGAAUCUGUCUGAAGGACACUAAGCCCCACAGCUCAACACAACCAGGAGAGAAAGCGCUGAGGACGCCACCCAAGAGCCAAGCGAUGGCCCUGCCUGGAGAACAUCCAGGCUCAGCGAGGAAGGGUCCGGAAGGGAAUGCUUGCCGACUGGCUGGAGAACAAUGAAAAGGAGGAAACUGUGACUGAACCUCAAACCCCAAACCAGCCCGAGGAGGACCAUAUUCUCCAGGGGACCCAGGGCGGGCCGUGACCCCUGUGGGGGAGAAGCCUUGGACAUUUCCUCUUCAGAAGCCUGUUGGGGAAGGCUGAGGGGUCCCAGCUCCCCGCGCUGGCUGCUGUGCAGAUGCUGGACGACAGAGCCAGGAUGGAGGCUGCCAAGAAGGAGAAGUCCAUUUGGGCUGCUGUAACAAAAUGCCAUAAAUUGGAGGCUGAGAAGUCCAAGAUCAAGGCACCAGCUAAUUCACUGUCUGAUGAAGGCCUGCUUUCUGGUUCAUACAUGGCACCUUCUAGCUGUGUCCUCACAUGGUGGAAAAGGCAAGGUGGAGCAGAUCCUGGCAGAGUUCCAGCUGCAGGAGGAGGACUUGAAGAAGGUGAUGAGACGGAUGCAGAAGGAGAUGGACCGUGGCCUGAGGCUGGAGACCCAUGAAGAGGCCAGUGUGAAGAUGCUGCCCACCUACGUGCGCUCCACCCCAGAAGGCUCAGAAGUCGGGGACUUCCUCUCCCUGGACCUGGGUGGCACCAACUUCAGGGUGAUGCUGGUGAAGGUGGGAGAAGGUGAGGAGGGGCAGUGGAGCGUGAAGACCAAACACCAGAUGUACUCCAUCCCUGAGGACGCCAUGACCGGCACUGCUGAGAUGCUUUUUGACUACAUCUCUGAGUGCAUCUCCGACUUCCUGGACAAGCAUCAGAUGAAGCACAAGAAGCUGCCCCUGGGCUUCACCUUCUCCUUUCCUGUGAGGCAUGAAGACAUCGAUAAGGGCAUCCUUCUCAACUGGACCAAGGGCUUCAAGGCCUCAGGAGCAGAAGGGAACAAUGUCGUGGGGCUUCUGCGAGACGCUAUCAAACGGAGAGGGGACUUCGAAAUGGAUGUGGUGGCAAUGGUGAAUGAUACGGUGGCCACGAUGAUCUCCUGCUACUAUGAAGACCAUCAGUGCGAGGUCGGCAUGAUCGUGGGCACAGGCUGCAAUGCCUGCUACAUGGAGGAGAUGCAGAAUGUGGAGCUGGUGGAGGGGGACGAGGGCCGCAUGUGCGUCAAUACCGAGUGGGGCGCCUUCGGGGACUCCGGCGAGCUGGACGAGUUCCUGCUGGAGUAUGACCGCCUGGUGGACGAGAGCUCUGCAAACCCCGGUCAGCAGCUGUAUGAGAAGCUCAUAGGUGGCAAGUACAUGGGCGAGCUGGUGCGGCUCGUGCUGCUCAGGCUCGUGGACGAAAACCUGCUCUUCCACGGGGAGGCUUCCGAGCAGCUGCGCACACGCGGAGCCUUCGAGACGCGCUUCGUGUCGCAGGUGGAGAGCGACACGGGCGACCGCAAGCAGAUCUACAACAUCCUGAGCACGCUGGGGCUGCGACCCUCGACCACCGACUGCGACAUCGUGCGCCGCGCCUGCGAGAGCGUGUCUACGCGCGCUGCGCACAUGUGCUCAGCGGGGCUGGCGGGCGUCAUCAACCGCAUGCGCGAGAGCCGCAGCGAGGACGUAAUGCGCAUCACUGUGGGCGUGGAUGGCUCCGUGUACAAGCUGCACCCCAGCUUCAAGGAGCGGUUCCACGCUAGCGUGCGCAGGCUGACGCCCAGCUGCGAGAUCACCUUCAUCGAGUCGGAGGAGGGCAGUGGCCGGGGCGCGGCCCUGGUCUCGGCGGUGGCCUGUAAGAAGGCCUGCAUGCUGGGCCAGUGACAGCAGUGGCCGCAAGCGCAGGGAGGAUGCCACAGCCCCACAGCACCCAGGCUCCAUGGGGAAGUGCUCCCCACACGUGCUCGCAGCCUGGCGGGGCAGGAGGCCUGGCCUUGUCAAGACCCGGGCCGCCUGCCAUCCCUCUGGAGAACCGAGCGGGCCUUUUCCCUCAGUUUUUCGGUGGGACAGCCCCAGGGCCCUAACGGGGGUGCGGCAGGAGCAGGAACAGAGACUCUGGAAGCCCCCCACCUUUCUUGCUGGAAUCAACUUCCCAGAAGGGAGUUGCUCACUCAGGACUUUGUUGCAUUUCCACACUGUCAGAGCCUCGCCUGGGCCCAGGCUCUGGAAAGGGGUGCCUUCUGGAUCCUGCUGUGGCCUCACUUCCCUGGGAACUCAUCCUGUGUGGAGAGGCAGCUCCAACAGCUUGACCAGACCUAGACCUGGGCCAAAAGGGCAGCCAGGGGCUGCUCAUCACCCAGUCCUGGCCAUUUUCUUGCCUGAGGCUCAAGAGGCCCAGGGAGCAAUGGGAGAGGGCUCCAUGGAGGAGGUGUCCCAAGCUGCGAAUACCCCCAGAGACCUUUUCUCUCCUGUACCCCCAUCCCUGAGUGGCUUGUGAUUCUGGGAUGGACCCUUGCAGCAGGUGCAAGAGAGAGAGCCCCCAAGCCUCUGCCCCAAAGGGCCCACAAGGGGGAGAAGGGCCAGCUGUGCAUCUUCAGCUCCCACAGAGCUGGCUCAGGAAGAAACCCCAAGCAGCAUUCAGCACACCCCAAGGGACGACUGCAUCAUAUGACAUGCCACCCUCUCCAUGCCCAACCUGAGACUGCGUGGGUUUUUUAAUUAAAAAUGUUAAAAGUUUUAAACAUG